GCUAACCGCCUCGCCUCGCCUCCGGCAGUGUCUAGUUAGCUCAUCAGCUCGUCCUAGCCAGCCAGCUAGCUGCAGUAGCUUGCUAGAUCCCGGCGACAGCGACCGCGCACGCCGUCGCGCACACGCCGCCCGGCCCGCGCGCGUGUAUAUAAGCGCGCCCGGUGAUCCCAGCUUCACCAUUCCGCUCACAGCGCAGUAAUCUCUUCUCAGUUAGAAGUGCGCGCGACUCGAGGUCCAGAAUUGAGCUCGGCAGCUACUAGUCGAAGUCGGAUCGGCUGCGCUAAUAAUGGAGGUCGCCGCCAGGACCACCAUUGCUCUGCUCCUCGCGCUCGCCGUCGCCUCAGGGUGCCUCUGCGGCGGCGCCCAGGGCCGCCACCACCGCCACACCAAGCACACCAGGCACAACUCCGCGCACGCGCACGCGCCCUCCCAGGCUCCGGGCCCGUCGAGCUCGAGGCGGCACGCGCCUCCGCACGCGCGGGGCGCCUCUCCGCCGGCCCCGCCGCCGUCGUCGUCUUCGGGGGCCGGCGGCGACUAUCCGACCCCCGGCGCGGCGCCCGACCCGGCGCCGGAGCCAGCGGCGGGCAGCGCGGUCGCCGUGUACGACGUCGUGAAGGACUUCGGCGCCGUCGGGGACGGCGUGGCGGACGACACCGACGCCAUCAAGACGGCGUGGGACACCGCGUGCUCGGAGGACGGCGACGGCGUCGUGCUCGCCGCCGCCGGGCACACGUUCCUCGUGCACACCACCGUCUUCACCGGCCCGUGCCAGGGAAGCGUCACGAUCCAGCUCGACGGGACGAUCGUGGCGCCGAGCGACCCCGACAAGUGGCCGGCCAACAACAAGCGCAACUGGCUCGUGUUCUACAACGCCCACGGCACGACGCUGCGCGGCGCGGGGCUCAUCGACGGCAAGGGCCAGAAGUGGUGGGAGCUCCCCUGCAAGGUUCACAAGGGCCAGGGCGGAUCAAGCGGCCACGGAGAAUCCUGUGACAGCCCAGUGGCGCUCCGGUUCUUCACGAGCAACAACGUGACGGUGCAAGGCCUCAAGGUGCAGAACAGCCCCGAGUUCCACUUCCGUUUCGACAGCUGCCGCGGCGUGCUGGUGAGCGGCCUGUCCAUCAGCUCCCCGCAGCAGAGCCCCAACACGGACGGCAUCCACAUCGAGAACACCCAGGACGUGCUCAUCGCCAACGCGGCGGUCUCCAACGGCGACGACUGCGUCUCCAUCGGCGCCGGCACCCUCAACGUGCACAUCGAGAACGUCACCUGCGGGCUGGGCCACGGCAUCAGCAUCGGGUCCCUGGGCAAGCAGGGCACCCGGGCGUGCGUGGCCAACGUGACGGUGCGCAACGCCGUGAUCCGGCACUCGGACAACGGGGUCCGGAUCAAGACGUGGCAGGGCGGGUCGGGGUCCGUGUCGUCGGUGUCGUUCGAGAACGUGCGCAUGGACGCCGUGCGCAACCCCAUCAUCAUCGACCAGUACUACUGCCUCUCCAGGAGCUGCGAGAACGCCACCACCGCCGUCUUCGUCUCCGGCAUCUCCUACGCGGGGAUCCGGGGGACCUACGACGCGCGCAGCCCGCCGAUCCACUUCGGGUGCAGCGACGCCGUGCCGUGCACCAACAUCACGCUCGCCGACGUCGAGCUGCUCCCGGCAGCGUCGUCGGGGCAGUCGGUCGACGACCCUUUCUGCUGGAACGUCUACGGCAACGCCGCCACGCCCACGGUGCCGCCGGUGGCGUGCCUCAUGGACGGCGUGCCCGGUAACUACGCCGAUAACAGCAGCUUGAAAUGCUACUGAUGGACCGAGGUCGUCGUACAAUCUACAUCCUGCUGCUGCUGCUACUUGUUUAGAGGAAGGCAAACAGACAGAGAAAAGUAAGAGUAGUGCAGAUAAAAGAAGUUUAAAGCGUGAUUACUUAUGUAUAUAUAGAAAAGAAGAUAAAGGUAUAAUAGUAACAGGUGAUUUGUGUGAGAAUUACCGGAAUGUAUACACAGCAUGUAUAGAAUGCUUUGGUGCCAUGCAUAUAGGACACUUGCCGCACAUGCAUGGCUUGUGUGUUUUUUUCCCUCUUUUUUUUUACCGUGGCUAGGAUGUGUGCGCUUGUUUAUGUAGCAAUAAUCUCUUGUUGUGUGCAUGUUUCACUUGAAACACGUACCACCUUUAAA